CAUACUAUCCAUACAAUGUUUAAUGUAAAGGUGUUUGUUGAAGUUUUACGAUGUUUUUGCAUGCUGGCACAUGAUUCAUACGUCAUCACCGUGCGUCCCCCCGCAUGCCCUCUCGUCGUAGGAGAGUUGUUUAUGAACGACUUUACCUGUCUUAAUUAGCAAUGGCAACUCAUCAUUGCUAAACUAAGCGUGUUUAUAAACUGUAUAUUGUUUUUACACCAACGUCAUGCCUCGUUACGAACUAGCGCUCAUCCUGAAGGCGUUGAAGCGACCCGAAACCGCGGCUGUUGUGCGGCGGACCGUGGAGGCUCUGAUGGACAGAGGCGCCGUGGUCCGAGAUCUGGAGAAUCUGGGAGAGAGACUGCUGCCUUAUAAGAUGUCUAAGCACAAUCAGAAGCACGACAAGGGCACGUACUUUCUUGUGGAUUUCUAUGCUUCUCCCAACAUCUUGAAGAGUCUAAUGGAUCAUUUAAAUCGAGAUGUGGAUGUGGUGAGGCCCUCUGUGCUGCUCAAGAAGGACGAAAAGGUUUCCAGUCAAAGCAGCUGUGGAUUUUGACGUUAACGUAUUUCCAUCUCCUUUAUGGAAGAUUGCUCUGGGAUUGUCUAUAUUUUCCAUUUUGUGGCACUAACUAAUAAAUUAUUUCUACAUACCACA